CAGGCCUGUCAGGGCGGUUCUUUCCCUUUGUCUCGGCAGGAGAGAGGGAGCAAAACGGGGAGAGAGAGGGUCUCUGGUUCCUGAACAAGCGUUAGGCGUCAGAGGGCGGCUUGGAAGGAAACUCAAGGAGAUUUAUACUAUAAUUGAAGGGCAACCUGUUAUUCUCCACCUGUCUUUCUAUUGUUGUUUUAAAAAUUAUUUUAACAUUUUGGAGAGUUUGUUUUCUGUCCUAAGCCUAAGCGCUCUUGUGGAGGUCGUAACUGGUGAAGGUUACUCUGUGAUUCUCUGGGUGUCUGGUUGUUCCUAACUCAGACCAUGCAUUCUCUGUGGCUGCUUCUGAUCCUGUGCCUGUCCCUGUCCCUGGCGCCCCUCGUCCAGACCGAGAAGGGCCUGGAGUUCCCUCGCUAUGACGGGAACGACAGGGUCAUCAACAUCAAUGACAAGAACUACAAGAAGGCUAUGAAGAAGUACAGCAUUCUCUGUCUGCUGUACCACAAACCCAUCCCUGACAGCAAGGAGCUACAGAAACAACACCAGAUGACUGAGAUGGUGCUGGAGCUUGCUGCCCAGGUUAUGGAGGAAAAGGAGAUUGGGUUUGGAAUGGUUGACUCCCACGAAGACGUCAAGGUUGCCAAGAAGCUGGGCCUGGUGGAAGAGGGAAGUGUGUACGUGUUCAAGGGAGACCGUAUGAUUGAGUUUGAUGGCCUGCUCUCUGCCACCCUGGUGGAGUUCCUACUAGACCUGUUGGAGGAGCCCGUGGAGGUGAUAGGAAAUACUCUGGAGCUGAGGGCCUUCGACAGGAUGGAGGAAGACAUCCGUCUUAUUGGCUACUUCAAAAACGACGAAUCAGAAUACUACCAUGCAUUCAAGGAGGCUGCAGAGCAGUUCCAGCCCUACAUCAGAUUCUUCGCUACCUUUGAGAAAUCUGUGGCCAAGGAGCUCACCCUGAAGAUGAACGAGGUGGAUUUCUACGAGCCCUUCAUGGAGGAGCCUGUCACUGUCCCUGACAGGCCUAACUCUGAGGAGGAGAUCGUGGCCUUCGUCACUGAACACAGGAGACCAACACUGAGAAAACUGCGUGCUGAGGACAUGUUUGAGACCUGGGAGGACGAUUUGGAGGGGAUCCAUGUGGUGGCCUUCGCAGAGGAGGAGGACCCUGAUGGUUAUGAGUUCCUGGAGCUGUUGAAGGAAGUGGCCAGAGACAAUACCCACCACCCUGGUCUCAGCAUCAUCUGGAUCGACCCUGAUGACUUCCCCCUGCUGAUCCCCUACUGGGAGAAGACCUUCCACGUGGACAUGUUCAAGCCUCAGAUCGGAGUGGUCAACGUUACUGAUGCUGACAGCAUCUGGCUGGAGAUAGACGAACAGGACCUGCCCACAGCCCAGGAGCUGGAGGAUUGGAUAGAGGACGUCCUGUCUGGCAAGGUCAACACCGAGGAUGAUGAUGAUGAUGACAACGAUGAUGAUGACGAUGAUGAUGACGAAGAUGAUGAUGACGAAGAUGAUGACGACGAAGAUGAUGAUGACGACGAAGAUGAUAACGAUGAUGACGAUGACGAUGAUAACGAUGAUGACGACGACGAAGAUGAUGACGAUGAUGAAUAAUUUAAAAACUACAAAUUUGUAAUCCAAAAUUCAUAACAUUGUUGUAUAGUCUCUUCACUGUACUAUCAUCAAAGUGAACGAGUUCAGGGAGAGAGGAACAGAUCUAUAUGCUUUUAAAAAAUAUUUUGUACAAUGUGUACAUCACUAGCCAAAAUCAACCUUUCUGCAUUAGAAGAAAACCCAUCAACAGAUUUUGUUUUUCAAGAAUCUGAUAAAAAUACUGUUGAUAUACUGAAAUCUAUCUGAAAGAGAUAAGUAACAGUAUGUUGACCAACAGAGAUACUUCAGAAAACCCCAAACAGUACUUUCCAUCCUUCCCUUAAUUCUACUAAUUUCUAACAAUGACUGGCAACCACGACAAAUGCAUCAAUCUAACUUUAGUUUGAUCAAUGAAGUGCUGCUGUACACCAUCCUAAACCUCACUGAAGUCACUGAAAGGUUGGCAUCUUUGUGUGCUUUUCUGUGCCCUCUAUAAUAUACUCUGUGUGUAGAUAAAUGCAUUUUAGGUUCUACUUCCUGGAGUCAGUGCAAAUACACACCUGUCUCUCCCUUUC